GGAACCUACGAGUCUUGAAACACGGCCAUCAUACAUACACAGUCUUACGACCUCACCUCAUCAUCUACUCUGCCAAAUACCUUCAUUCCUUAAAGAGACACAACCCUACCAUCCAAAAUGUCAGAUGCAUACGAGCGCGAACGUCAGAAUAACUCUCGUCUCAAUGAACUAUCAGCAAAAGUGUCGGCGUUGAGGGGCGUUACGGUGGAUAUAUAUGAUAAUGCUAGAGCGCAAGAUGUGAUCGACAAUACUUCUGAUACCUUCUCCAGCAUGUCUUCCUCCCUCAAAGGAUCUGCUUCACGUCUAGGCCGUAUGGCUUCCUCGGGAAAUAAAGUCGCCAUAUUGAAACUCAGCGGGAUGAUUAUUGGAUGCGUGCUGGUUUUGUGGUUCUUAUGGGGGUUGUUUGUUUAAAUGAGGGGCUGAAGGCUUUACAUGGUGGAAAAGAGGAGAUUGAAGAUUGAAGCUGGAGGGUAAAGACAAGGUUAAUUUCUGAAUCUAUGGGAUGCAGCGCAGAAAUGCCUACGUAUCUCACA